AUGGGAAGCGUGUGCCUCGUCGGGGCGGGGCCGGGAGGCGUGGACGCGCUGACGAUGGGCGCGGCGAGGGCGCUCGCGAACGCGGACGUCGUCGUCUACGACGAUUUGGGUGGGUCUUCCGAGGACGUGCUGGCGCUCGCGACGAAGGCGAACGCGGAGUUCGUGAGCGUAGGGAAGAGGGGUGGGUCGGCGAAGUCUUGGACGCAGAGCGAUAUAUGCGAGUUGUUGGUGGAGCUCGCGCGAAGCGGUAAGCGCGUGGCGCGACUGAAAGGUGGGUGUCCGAGCGUGUUUGCGCGCGUCAGCGACGAGAUCGCGGCGCUGCGAAAGCAUGGAGUGCACACGACUAUGAUUCCUGGAAUAUCGUCGGCGUUGAGCGCGCCGCUGAGCGUGGGGAUUCCGUUGACGGAUCGAGAGUUGGGACGGCACUUUUCCGUGACGAGCGCGCACGAUCCAAAUUCGAUCGAUUUUGCCGCGUUCGCUGGAAUCGACACGUGCGUAUUUCUGAUGGUUGGGAGGACACUUCCAAUAGUCGUCGAAUCGCUCACGCGGGAAGGGAAUAAGUCACCGACGACGCCGUGCUGCGUGAUUCGAAACGGGAUGCAACCGGACGAGCGUUCGUGGUUCGGCUCGUUGCGGGAUAUCGUCGAGAAAACGUCCGGUGAGUCUCUAUCUCCGUGCAUUUUAGUCGUCGGAAACGUCGUCACGCUGGCUUGA